UUGUCCUGUCCACAGUGUUGUGUGUGAGAUCGGGCCAGCGAGAGCAGUUCCUCCCUUCGACUUGCCAGUGGAUCCGCCCAACACUGGACCAGUGGUGAUUAAAUUGGAAGGAGGAAGAGAAGGCACAUCUAAGGUCGUCUUCACUUACAGGGAUCCAAAACCCGAGUCUGUCGAGCCUCUAAGAGGUCCAGCGGCAGGAGGAACAGUCGUCACCAUCAAGGGGGAAGACCUAGACACGGGCACUAAAGAAGAUGUCUCCGUCUCUGUCGGCGGAGUUCACUGCGAAGUCCUGACGUUUGGUAAAGAGAUCACCUGUAAGACUGGAAAAUACCGCGGUCAGAAGGUUCCCUCUGACCUGCUCACAGUGACGGUCAAAUAUGGAAAGAACACCACCAAAGACUUCCCAGCAGCCUAUCAGUACUCAGAAAAUCCAAAGAUCACAGACUACAACCCUAAAGCCAGCUUCAUGUGGUAAAUAUGGAUUGAACUGAAUGUUA